CAAGCCCAAUGAUAGCUUGUUGUUUCCUGCUAAAAGGGCCUUCAAUCAGAUCGAGCAUACAGUAAAAGUAGCUCACGUCAUAAUUCACUGCUUCGUUCAUCCCUUCGAAGUUCGAAGCAAAGUUCAAACAUCUUCUUCAUCUCUUCUUUAAGCUGCAACCAUCUUGCUCUCUCUCUGUCUAUAUUGUCCGUCGCCAUGGAUUCCUCGUCAUCGAAGGGGUUAAUAGGAACCCUAAACAAAGAAAACUUUGUAUCUUUACUCAAAAAACUAAUCGGAGAAUCAAAAUAUGUUCAGAACAAUCCACCAGAACUAGUCCCAGAAGAAAACAGAAUAGCCAAACAUGUACUCGAUACUUUACUCCCUUACAGCACCACAACAAAGGGUGGACCUUUGGUAAUCAAUCACGUCUCUUAUACUCCAGGCAGAGGAAACGUUAUUGUUGAAUACCCCGGAACUGUUCCUGGAAAGAUCGUAUCUUUUGUUGGUUGUCAUAUGGAUGUUGUUACUGCUAAUCCUGAUGAAUGGGAUUUUGAUCCUUUCUCUUUGACCAUUGAUGGAGAUAAGCUUCGUGGUCGUGGAACAACAGAUUGCUUAGGACAUGUUGCUCUAGUAACUGAGCUAAUGAGAAGCCUGGGAGAAACAAAGCCGAAUUUGAAAUCAUCCGUGGUUGCUGUAUUUAUAGCCAAUGAAGAGAACUCAUCGGUUGUGGGUAUAGGUGUUGAUGGUCUUGUGAAGGAUGGAUUGCUCGACAAACUCAAGCAUGGUCCUUUGUACUGGAUUGACACUGCAGACAAACAACCUUGUAUUGGUACUGGUGGUGUGAUAUCGUGGCAACUUAGAGCUACAGGGAAGCUCUUCCAUAGUGGUCUUGCGCACAAGGCUAUAAAUCCUCUUGAAUUAGCAAUGGAGGCACUUAAAGAGAUGCAGUUGCGAUUUUACAGAGAUUUCCCUCCCCAUCCUAAGGAACAAAUCUAUGGAUUUGCAACACCAUCAACCAUGAAACCAACUCAAUGGACUUAUCCUGGAGGUAGCGUCAAUCAAAUUCCAUUUGAGGGUAGUAUUUCAGGAGAUGUCAGGUUAACUCCUUUCUACGAUAUGAAAGACGUUGUGAAGAAAUUACAAGAAUACGUGGAAGAUAUUAAUGCCAACAUAGAGAAUCUAGAUUCACGAGGGCCAGCUUCAAAAUAUAUCCUUCCAGACGAAAAUCUAAGAGGAAGUCUAGAGAUAAGUUUUGAUGAGGCUCCAAUGAUGGGAGUUGCUUGUGAUCUUGAUUCUCGUGGCUUCCAUGUGUUAUGCAAAGCAACUAAAGAUGUGGUUGGAUAUUGUAAACCAUACUCAAUCACGGGUAGUCUGCCAUUGAUUCGAGAAUUGCAGGAUGAAGGUUUCGAUGUUCAAACUUCAGGAUAUGGCUUGUUGGCUACAUACCAUGCGAAGAAUGAAUAUUGUCUUCUAUCUGAUAUGUGCCAAGGUUAUGAAGUGUUUGUGAGCAUCAUCUCUCAAUUAGAAGAUGACCAGUAAAAUCGUGCACGUCUAAUCAAAAAUAGGGUCUCGUCUUCACCGUGGCUCAUCAAGUUCUACUAUACCUUUUAGUAGGUUUACAUCCAUAUUAGAUUUUGCUUAAUGCGGUGGAGUUUAUGAAAUAGAGUGGCCAGUCAAGUUCUUUUAGAGUUUGUACCAGGUCUCCUUGGAUUAAAAUCAUUAUUUUGUUUGAUUCUUUUUUGAUGUUUUUUAUUUUUUCUUAUCAAAGCACACCAAAUUUGUUAAACAUCUAGAGAAGAUAUAUCGUUAGCCAGUUCCG